UCAACGCGAAUGAAGAAACGUGGAACGGUUUGUUUGAGCGUGUACAAGGAAGCAACGUGCUUACUCAGGUUAAAAACCUUUUUGGACAAAACAGUUUUGAGGAAGAAGACUCAACGAAAAAAUAUCCAGAAAUUUAGGAUUUAUCAUAUUUGGGAGAAAAUAUUUAGAGAAAACAAAGAGGCUUUUUUUGGCAACGGAACACACAGCGUCUCCAUGACAUGGUUGCUCCGGCGGCGGUACAAUGAGAUUUACAAGACCGCCCACAUUACUUGCGUGUAGAUUUGGGCAGUUUUAGUCAAAUCACUCCACGAGCUGACGUCAAGUUGUGGGGGUGUGGUUACACGAGGCGUUUCAGGCAGGUCUGGUGGAGAAAAUGAGGAGAGAAGUAAAAACUGGAGUGAACUUUCUCAAAUGCUUGGCAGUGGAACGGGGAGGUGUGGAUAAAAUCAAAGCCAAACUGUUUGCUGCUAAACUACAAAUGCUCCUGCUUGAAAAGUUCACAGGCCAUUGGUAUCCAGACAACCCCAGCAGAGGACAGGCAUUCAGAUGUAUCAGAAUAAAUGAAGGUGUUCCCUGUGAUGAGUCAGUUUUACAAGCAUGCACAGAGAGCGGUUUAGAGCCGCGUGCUUUGGGCUUUCCUCGUCAGAUCACAGUAUGGAUCGAUCCACUGGAAGUGUGUGCGCGCUCUGGUGAGAACUGUAGAUAUUUUACAGUGGCUCAGUUUUCAAAAGAAGAAGAGGGGGAUGAUGAGGAAACCGAGAUUCACUUGAGUCAGGAUGACACUUUUAGCCUAGUGGAUUCUGUGAAUCUGGAUACCUCUGAUUAUCAUUCAGCGAGCUCGUCUGACUGCGGCUCGGCCAUCUCGAGUGACACAGAAGGGGAGAUGAAGGAGGAAGAGACAUUGAAGGAGAAAGAGACAAAGGAAGUGGUAGAGAAAAGGGUGAAGAACGCAGCUCAUACAACUAGAUUCAUGGCGAGGGAGCCAAAAGGCCCACGCAAGUUUUCUCAAGCACAGAUCCCUGCCCCACAUUACUUUUAUCUCCAUGCACCAAUGUGGCCCCAGAACAAGAAAAAGAGAGGCAUGUUCUUCACAACCGUAUGCACACCAGCACCGUCUCCUUUGUUUGCUUACUAUGUCUUUCCCAAACCCACUCCUCAGUUCAUUGUGCCUCACGCUACCCUGCAAACAUGGGGAGCGGUAAAAGGAUAAAACAACUGAAACCCAGUUGGAGGGCUAUUAAUUGCUUAUAGCUUUUUAAAAUCCAUUUUAUAAACCAAUGACAGUGUCAAGCGUGCCAGCUUUUUAUAAUGUUUCACUGAAAUGAACUUUCAUGAAAUGUAACCAAUUACCCAUAUUUUCUCAUUAUUUAUGUUUGCUUUGGGUUGUUGCUUAACGAAACACAAAAUCACUUAACCAAACAAGACCUUAAAACCGCUUUUGUACAAAUCACUAGCUUUAUGAUGACUUAAUCAAAAACUGUACAGGGAUAUUUCCUAACUACUGUGCCAAAGUUGACUUGCUGCAUACUUGGAAUUGUGUUCAAUGAGAAGUAACACAUUUUUCACUAGUUUCAUGAAGUGAAUGUUUAUUUAUAGCAUUUACUUUUUAUUUAUAGCAUAUGUUUGUGUGGUAUUUUAUAGAAACAAAAUAUUGUAAUGGUAAUCGUAAAUAUAAUCUUCCUUGGUGAUAAAGCAUUCCCAAAUAUGAAAUUGCCUUGCCAGCAGUUCAUCUCAGGUUUAAGAGUCUAUCAGUUCCGCAAUACCACUGAAAAUCCCAAGUAACUGAUACCUCUUUCAUACAGAAAUGAAUUUAAUAUACUGAAGCCAUAAAGUGCUGUGCUGCAUAUGGAUACUCAGAAAUAAUGUGAAUUCACAAUAUAGAAAGGAUUGCAUUAAUAUAAAGUCUUAUUUAAGAAUAUUGAUUCACCAUACAAUGGCGCUGCAGUGCUUGUAGCUUUGUUCUAUUGUAAUUGUGUUGUAAUUUAUUUUAAAAACCACUAGGUGGUAGUAUACAUCACCUAAAGCCAUACUUCAUUUCAAAAACGCUGUUUUUACAUGGUCGUUCAGAGACCUGCUGCCGUUUGUUUUAUAUUCAACUGCAUGUAAAGUGUACAGUGUUCUUAUGCCACAUAAUUAUUUAAAACAAUAAUCAGUUUAUUUAUUUAGUAUACACAAUCAUGACUAAUCAAAACAUUAUUUUUUUUACGUUUCAGCUAUGGAAUGUCCUUUUUUUCUUUCUUUUAUUCUUAUUGUUUAAAUUAAUCAGGUAACGUUAUAUGCAAUCUUUACUACCCUUAAAACUUUGUUUUCUUUGCUCAAACCUUAAAUGCAUAUUUAUUAGUGCUUUUUUGUCAUUUAUUUUAUUUCUAAAUUGUUUGUGUUUAUGUAAUCUUUUCUUUAGCAAAAUGCUUAUUUAAAAUCUGUCCAUCGUUAUAUUUGUGACAAAUAUAUUUUA